AUGUCAUUUAUAAUUCGUUUACAAAAUCUUGCAUGGGAAGCACGUUCUCAAGAUAUUCGAAAAUAUUUUGUUGGAUUACAAAUUCCCGAUGGUGGUGUUCAUAUCGUUGGAGGUGAUAGAGGCGAUGCAUUUAUUGCAUUUCAAUCCGAUGACGAUGCUCGACAAGCAAUGCAAAAAGAUGGUGGACAAAUAUGUAAUCAAUCGGUCAAAUUAUUUUUAAGUAGUAAAAGUGAGAUGCAAAAUGUGAUUGCAGCAGCUCGUAGCAAAACAAUGCCGACAUCAUCAGCGAAUGGAAAACAAAGUCAAACACCAUCAACUUUAAAUCAACAAUCAUCCGGCUCUAUUCCAUCAUCAUCUUCUUCAACAAAUCAACAAUUCACACAAGAUAUCGAUGAAACAUCAAAUGAUAAUCUCCGUCACCAUCAUCAUCAACAAACAGAAACAAUAACAUCCUUUCUUGAUGCUGUCAACAAAACACAAAAACUAAGCCAGCCCAUUCAAAAUAAUAUUCCAUCAGCAGUAACAAAUAAUUCUACAAAUGUUAAUGGUGCUAAUCUAGCACCAGCAAACCUUGUGUUGUCUUUAUUGCAAUCAAAUUUACCACCAAAUGUGUUAGCACAAUUAGCAAGUCAGGGUUUAAACUCUCAACCAAAUGCUGUGUUACAACAACUUGCUGCCUUACAAGCAGCAAAUUCACAACAAAGUACUAUACCAAUGCAAACUGGUCAAUCACCAAUAUAUGCAAAUAAUCCAUUACAAUCCCAUUUACCAACAUCAGCAGUUAGCACAACUACAUCAUCUCAUUACACUCAUACACCAUCUUCAACUCAUGGAACACAAAUUCAUGAUGCAGUAUCAACAACAACCUCAAAUACUUCUCCUUUUCUUCACCAUGUUCCACCGCCGGUGUCAUUUUUAACUCCUGGCGCACUUCCUCAGCUGCCACCUGGAGCAUUGAAUGCACUCAUGUCUGCUGGACCUGGCACACUACCACCUAACUUUCUACUUCCACCGUGGCUACAAACAUCAACACCACAUCAUAUACCUCCGUCGCUUAUUCAAAAUACACCAGCAGCAAUGCAAACAUCCGGUUUUAUCUCGAAUGAUCAUAAUCAUAAUAGUCAAUCCAUACAUCAGAGUCAACAGCGUACAUUGUUAAGUAAUCCUAAUCAGAUUACUAAAUCGACAUCCAAUGACAAUAUGAGAACAUUAAAUGACUAUAAUAAUAAUAAUCAUUCAAAUUAUCCUCAACAGUAUACAACCGCUGCAUCGCGUACAUUAACAUCUAUAAAUUCUCGACAAAAAAUACGUGAACCCUAUUUGAGAGUAAAAAAUUUAUCAAAAAAAUAUUCAUAUCGUGAUGUUAAAUUAUUAUUUUCCGAUUAUAAAUUACGUUUAGAAGAUAUUAAAAUGAUUAAUGAUCAACACGGUGAACGAACAGGUGAAGCUGUUGUUCAAUUUCGUUCAAUUGACGAUGCUGAAGAAGCAUUGUCACAAUUUAAUUACGUUUAUUAUGGUGGACAAAAUGUACAGAUUAUACCGGCAACAGAAUAUGAAUUUGCUUCGUCUCUAGAUUCAUUUAUACCAACAUCAGUGAAAAAACGCCAACCAGAAGGCGGAUAUUGUGUCAAAGUAUUAGGCAUUCCAAACAAAUGGUAUAAACGUGAUAUAAGAAAAUUAUUUACUGCAUCAGAAAUUAUUCCUGAUCGUGGAAUCUAUUUAGAUUUAGACACAGACGGAAUGAUAUGUGGACCAGCCUUUAUCGAAUUUCUUAGCGAAGUUGAUUUAGAGAAAGCUUUAUUUUAUCACGAUGAACAUUCUGGUAACUCUAGAUUUGAUAUUCAACGUAUAUCGAAAAAAGAAAUGGAAAUGGAAAUUAACGCGUUAAAACCAAAAGAACGUCGUGGUCGUGGUGUAAAUGAUGACGGUCGUUUACGACGUUCUCGUAGUCGUUCACGUUCGCGUGAUCAUGAUAUACGUAGUGGUGGUGCUGGCAGAAAUUAUCAGACACGUAUGAAUCAAGAUGAUGACGAUGGAACAAAUGGCAAUACCAACGCCUCAUCAUAUCCACGCCGUCCAAGAUACAAUGAAGAAUUACCACCAACGAUAUGUUGUUUGAGAAUGAGAAAUAUUCCCUAUGCUACACGUGAGAAUGAUGUAAGAACUUUCUUUCAAGGAAUGGAUAUCGCUCAAGAUGGUAUUCAGUUUAAAUAUGAUAAAAGUGGUCGUCCAGCUGGUGAAUGUUAUGUUCGAUUUUCAUCAAGUAACGAUUGUCGAAAGGCAUAUGAAAAAAAUCGUUUACAGUUUGGUGGUCGUGUACUUGAAUUGCGAGCAUUAUCCUUAUGGGAAUUUCAAUCAGCAAAUAAAGAUGAACCAGAUGAAACCGGUGCAACAUUUUCAUCCAGCGGUGGUUUAGGACGUGUGACAAAUUUUAAUCAAAAUUAUAAUAACAAUAAAUCAUCAUCUAUGGAAAUAAAUCAACAAAAUAAUUUUCCUGGAAAACGUAAACUUCACGAUAGGGAUGAUAAUAAAAAUGAUGAACAUAUGAAAUCUCCUAUAAAUGAUUAUUCACAACAACGACCAAGACAAUACAUUGAUCGUCGACAGCAAUAUGAGAAUAAUAACCACACUGCACCAUCAACAGCACUAUCUCUCAUCGAUUCAACAAAUGAAUUACCUAAUGAUAAGUCACCUUCAUCAGACGAUCAACAAGGAAAAAUAUUAAGAAUAAACAAUGUUAACAAUCUUCAAGAUAACCGUUCACCAAUAGCCAAACAAUUAACUCAAUUACCAGCAUGCUAUGAUCAAUACCGUGGACAGGUAUUAUUAAUGUCAAAUGUCCAUUUUCGUGCAACAAGAGAAGAAAUCUUACAACUUUUAAGAGUAUAUCGUCCAAUUGAAGAGACGUUAAAGAUUCAUCGUGAUUCAUCUGGAAAACCGACCGGACAUGCUGUUGUAGCAUUAACAAAUCGUGAUGACGUUCAACAAGCUUUAAAAGAAUUGGAUAAUUCAUCUUUUUUACAUCGAAAAAUAUCUGUACGUGUAGUAUGA